UAUCUGUGUUGUGUCUUUCACAACUGUGAACUGACAUUGUUUUUCGCAAUUACAAUCACAAAACUUUUCCUAACUUUUCUGUGUUUUUCAAUGUUUACAUAUUUCUUUUAAAAACAAUGGCACGUUAUUUCAAAGAACAAGACAUCGAUGAAUUCCGGGAAUGCUUCUAUCUCUUUGCGAGAUCCGGUCAAAUCACUUCUUUGGACGAGCUGACUGUUGUAAUGAGGUCUUUAGGCAUGAGUCCAACUAUACAGGAACUAACUGGUUACUUAAAAGGCAAAGGUGGCAAAAUGUCGUUUGCAGAUUUUCUGGAGGUGAUGCAUAUACAUUCCAGAGCAGAGAACCUACCGCAUGAAGUUGUUAACGCGUUUAAAGCCGGUGACAAUGACAAGAGGGGUGUUAUCCCAUCGAAGCAGCUGCGUAACUUGUUGCAGAACUGGGGCGAAGGCCUAUCGUCGAGAGAGGUGGACAAUAUAUUCCGUGAAGCGAACGUCUCCAACAACGGUAUUGUUCGUUACGAAGACUUCGUGAAGAUAGCCUGCGCACCCGUGCCAGACUAUUACUGAAUUAUAAAUAUUAAUCACAUCAAUUUGAAGCUGUUUAUUUUUAUAUUAAAUGUGAAUUUUUUUAUUGUAAUUAAAAAAAUCUAAAUCGUUGCCACUUGUAAAAAAUAUAUACGAAUGUUGCCAGUAUACGGCUCAUUGGUCUAUUUAUUAAGGUAGAUUACUAUUUUCGUAAUGAAGUAUUAACUUGUAUUUUAUUUGGCGUUCUUUAAGAGAAUUCUUCAUCAAAACUAUUUUUACCGUCCAGUAUUUAUAGAUAAUCUGUAUUUAAUUAUUAUUAUUGCCAGCAGUCACUAUCACGUGGAACCCGAAAAAAGUAUAAUAAAUUAACUAUCGCUGGGUUACCAUAUGAAACUUAUGAAGGCACUUAUUCAGGUCAAGCUCUUUGCAAUUAAACUUUAAAAAUAACCUUUUUUUAUAUAAAUAUGCUGGAGUCACAAUUCGA